AUGUCGGCCCCUCGACAACAUGUGAAGAACCAACAUGCCAGAGGAUCCCAGCUGAGGAUCAUUCUAGUGGGCAAAACAGGCACAGGCAAGAGUGCCACCAGGAACAGCAUCCUGGGGAAGCAAGCGUUUGAGUCGCGACAGGGUGCCUGGACCUUGACUACUCUAUGUACCUCAGGAAACUCAGAUUGGGAUAAGUGUGUGGUGGAAGUCAUCAACACCCCAGACCUGUUCAGUGCCAAAGACACAGAGACAGAGCCAGGGUGUGGGGAGAGAGGCCGCUGCUACCUGCUAUCAUCCCCAGGGCCCCACGCCCUGCUCCUGGUGACCCAGCUGGGCUGCUGCACCACCCAGGACCAGCAGGCCGUGCGGCGGCUGAGGGACAUGAUCGGUGACGGCGUGACGGCAUGCACGAUCUUGCUCUUCAUGCAGAAGGAGAACCUGGUAGGGGACUCACUGCAGGACCACGUGUGCUGCUUCGACAACCGCGUGCUGCAGGAGCUGGUGGCCGAGUGCGGGCGCUGCGCCUGCGCCUUUGACAACCGCGCCACUGGCUGGGAGCGGGAGGCCCAGGUGGCCGAGCUGAUGGCACUGGUGGAGCAGGUGGUUGGGGCCCACCGGGGCGCCCCCUACACCAACGACGUGUACCGCCUGGCACAGGCGCUGGGCAGCACGCACCCCAAGGAGUGGUUCCGCAGGGUGGUGGAGACCAUGGUCGCCUGCCUGCAGAGGCAGUGGGGGCACGGGCUGCUGGCCAUGCUGUGGGAAUGGAGGAGGGCACCCUGGAGCCGGGCCAGGCUGGGUGUGGCCGCCAUGCUGGGGCCCCUGGACCUGCUCUACCUGCUGCCCUCCAGGCACUGGCAGGACGCCUUGGGUGACGUCAAUCCUGACUGA